AGCCAUUUUGGUUCAAGCCGUUGCAGUUCGAGCCGCGAGCCUUCUGGGCUCCACGGACAAUGAGCCUUCAUAGGACCAUGGCGCCGCUGGCGGCCAAUGGGCCAAUCUGCUUGACUUCCAAGAACACCUUUCUGGAUUGCCCGUCGCCCUGGAUCGACUACGUCACCGUGGUCGAGCGCCCCAAGUCGGACCCCACCUCUGACGCCACAACGACCUCCGCGUCGGAUCUGUCAAACAGCGAAGGAAGCCUUCGGGCGGGAGCCUUCGGGGGAGGCCGCCUGGCAAAGGAGGAGGACCCCAAGCAACAGUCUGACAGGAACGCGGAGAAGGAUGGGAACGACAGCUCGGAUGAUUCGGACAUGUGCUCGAAGCGUCAGGGGAUCAGCCGGUCACAGCGGCGUCGCAUGCAGCGGAAGUCCAAGGAAGAAUAUUUCAGGAAGACAAGGAGCGCCCACUCCGUGAACGAGCAUGCCGCGGAGAACAGCUCGGCUGCCGUGCGAAGUGGCACCAGCACCAAGAUCUCUCUGUGAUUGCCUGUAGGGCGGCCAGGGUCCCGGUAAUUCGCGGCAAGACGGCGACGGGACAGCCCUGUCACACACCGACAGGCUCGGCGGAUUCGCGUCGUUCGCCCGAGAAGCGCGCCCGUAUGCGGGGACUGCGCUGCUCACCUGUUUCACCGCUACGACACUCCGAUGUAGGCUGCCUCGCGUGAGUGCGAAGAAAAAAAAAGACGGC